ACAGGCUAAAUUCAAUAUGGCGGACGUGACUUACUGCUGAGCGGUUGUGUUUUUGUCAUGUUUACCUUGGUUAAUAUUUUAAACUAGAUUUUUCUUAUGUGAUUAUUAAUAUGAUAUCGUCUAUAAUUUCCCGACUGGUCAUAUUGGUUUUUGGGACGUUGUAUCCGGCGUAUGCUUCCUACAAGGCUGUGAGGACGAAGAAUUUGAAAGAAUAUGUAAAAUGGAUGAUGUACUGGAUAGUGUUCGCGCUGUUCACCUGCACGGAGACUUUCACGGAUGUCUUCCUAUCAUGGUUCCCCUUCUACUACGAGGUGAAGAUCGUGCUGGUGCUGUGGCUGCUGUCACCAGCGACGAAGGGCUCCUCCAUAUUGUACAGGAAGUUCGUACAUCCGGCGCUGUGCAGACGCGAGCAGGAAAUCGAUGAAUAUAUAGCCAAAGCCAAAGACCAGGGUUACCACACCGUGCUGAAUCUAGGCACGAAGGGUGUCAACUAUGCCACCACUGUUAUUAUGCAGACUGCCAUCAAGGGCGGCGGCGGUUUGGUUCAGCAGCUUCGCAAGAGCUACAGCCUGUCUGACCUGACUGAGUGUGAUCCGCGCGACGAGAGAACUGACGAAGUCGACGAUGUGCUGUCUGAACCGAGACUGUUACGACGUGCCAUUAAAAGUGGGUACGCGGCCCGACGAAGCGCCUCAGAGUCUAACAGCAGACAACCAAUGUACUUUCCCGAAGUCGAUGUUGACGUAAGAACCACGAGGAAUAGAAUGGACGAGCCUGAUUUUAGCCACAUCAAGUCGACUGAAGACAUCAGUUCGGGCUACUCGAGCGCGGAAAACUCUGCGUCGUUGACGCGCGCGGGCUCCAUCGGCGCGCGGCGCGUGCGCACCUCGCGUACCACAGUCACUACCAUCAAGCGCCCGCAGGCUGCUGAGGACAACGAAGUUAUCAUCGAGGAGUUGCAAGACAUGGAGCCAUUUGAUUAUUCCACCAUGCCUUCUCUUAUUGAUUUGCAGUCACAGAUAUUCGUAUCAAACACCAUCCCACGAUUUCUAUAUCAAUACAUCGGAGAUCAAGUCAAAAUAUUACAAGUAUUGAGCAAUUCAGUACCUACAGAUAGCCCUGUUAGUAUUUCUGACUUAAAAGAGGAUAUAGAAAUCAAAUCUGACGGUACAGAUAAAUCUACAACGACAGAAGUAGCUACGACCGUUGAUGUUCCUAACAUUCCCAAUGAAUCACUUACUAAACCAAUGGAAAAUAUAACAGACGAUCAAUUCAAUAAUACUACUGUUAAAGUGGAUCCUGCAAAUAAAAAUUUAGGUGAUAAUAAAGAAAAAAAUAAAGUAGAGGAUGAAAAAAAAGAUAGUACGCCCCCUGAAGAAUCAAUAGAUUCUUCUAGUGUUUAUACAUCCGAACACGAUAACGAUUUCGAAGAUGGCGACGACGAAGCGUCUUUUGGGACGCCCGAUCCAUCGCCAAAGAGUGAAAGAAAACACAAAGGUAAAUAUGGCAAAAACAAAGCUCCACCACCGCCUAAAAUUACAGACGAUAAGAAAUCCACUGAUGUAGUAACAGAAAUAAAAUCUGCCAAUGAAGAUAUAAAUAAAGUAGAAUCUAAAUCAAAUAUAGAAGUGCAAAAUAUUGAAAGAAGGAAUUCGUUAGACGUGGGACGCGAAAGACAAAAGUCAAAAUCGCCAGUAAGACAAAAAGACGGGUCUGCGUUUGGUAAGCUUUUACAACUGCCUGGAAAAUUAGCGUUUUGGAACAAAGAUUUGAAAUCUGAUGCUUCGAGUGAGGACGAUGUAAGUCGUCAGUCUAUUGAACGACAAAUAGAUGAAUUCCAAAGUUGCGUGGACAUUAGUAAAUUGGCACCUACUAAUGAGAAUUUGGAGGAUGUAAAAGUAUUAAAGAAUGAAAUAAUCGAAACGAGCGAAGAGCUACAGAAACUUAUUGAUGCGAAGUUACAAACGCAUCCAGAGUACAAGUUCAUACCGCUGCAUGAAGAGAUACCGUCAACAUCAAAAAGUACUGAUGUGUAGCCAACGUUUUAGUUGAAGCCAAAUAGCCAUGAUGUCGGCAUCGGCUACGAUCCCUCGCACAAAGAAAGCCUCCAAUAAAAGAAAAACUCAGUAAGAGAGCAUACAUCACAUUAGGUGUUACCA